AUGUUGGAUAAAGUGCUUGAUUUAUUUGAUGAAAUUAAAAUUCAACCUAGUCCCAUUAUUCUCAUUAUGUUAUUUGGUGUUUGUGCUCGAACUAAUAAUGAUCGAGCAAAGCAAACUGGAAGAAAAUUUCUUAAUGAAAUGUCAAAGGAUUUUCUAAAUGAUAAUAUUCUACUUACUUCAGCAAUAAAUAUGUUAAUGAGAUUCGGUGAUGUUAAAAAAGCCGAAGAUCUUUUUCAGAUAAUAAAGAAAAAAGAUAUUAUUACCUAUGGUGCUAUGAUGAAAGGAUACACAUUAAAUCAUAUGUGUGACAAAGCCUUAGAUUUAUUUGAACAAAUACAACUAAAUCUUAGUAAUGUCAGUUAUUCGAUUAUUUUCAAUGCAUGUGCUCAACUUUCAAAUGAUCGUGCAAAACAAAUUGGACGAAAACUUCUAGAUGGCAUGCCUGAGAAUUUUAAAGAAAAUAAAUAUAUUCAAAGCUCAGCAAUAGAUAUGUUAAUGAAAUUUGGUGAUGUUAAAAAGGCUGAAAUUUUAUUUAAAACGUUUGAAGAAAAGGACAUUAUUACUUAUAGUACUAUGAUGAAAGGAUAUAAUAUAAAUAAUGAACCAUUAAAAAGUUUGAAACUUUUUGAAGAAAUCAAAAAAAAUCAUAUAAAAAUUGAUGAAAUCAUAUCAGUCAUAUUGAUUGAUACAUGUGCGAAAAUUGGUAUUCGUUCAAUAUGUGAAUCAAUUGUUAAUCAAUUUCCAUCAUAUUUAUAUAAUAAUCAAUAUAUAUGUAAUGCAUUAAUAA